AGAAGACAUUUCGAGAGUGGGAGGGCAUAACAACAUGGCGCUAGAAAACACAACAACUAAUCGCUCAAACAACUGAGCGACAUAUUACCCAAAUAACAGGGUUGUAAAGUAGUUGACAACUCUCGAGCAGUAAAGCUAGACAGCGUAGGAAACAUAGCAUCUAGGAUAAGUCACGUGGCUCAGGGUAGCCAACUUGUGAGCCCGUGCAGAGCCGCAGCAUGUCUGUGCACUUUGAGGAGAAGAGCGGGGUCGUCCCCUGUAAGACUCCGUGGGGGUCCUGGUACCAGACUAUGGAGGAGGUUUUCAUCGAAGUCAACGUGCCCCACGGGACCUCUGCUAAAGAGGUCAAGUGUCGUUUGGGAUCCAGAGACAUCGAGCUGCAUGUCAGAGGCAAUGAAAUAUUCAAGGGCAGGUUGUUUGACACAACCAUGUCUGACGAGGCCACAUGGACACUAGAGGACAAGUGUCUAAUCCGGAUCAUAUUGAUGAAGACAAACAGAGAGGCAGGAAACUGCUGGUCGUCCCUGCUGGAGGGAGAGUACUGUGCAAAUGCCUGGGUCCAGGACCAGAUGCAGAGAAAGCUCACUCUGGAAAGGUUCCAGCGGGAGAAUCCUGGAUUUGACUUCAGCGGUGCAGAGAUCUCUGGGAAUUUUGCAGGUGGUGGUCCGGACUUCUCCAGCUUACAGAAGUGACAGAUUCCAUGUUGAGUGCUGGAGAUACGUGCUCUGCCUAAGGACAGCUUCAUGACAUGCAGAGAAGUGAAUUAAUCAGAUUUGCUGCUGUCAGUAGUUGAGAAUAUAUUUGCCUUCCGAACUGAAAGUUGGGCGGUAUUCAUGAUUUUACUGUCUGAGAGACACUGUCACAGGAGCCUUCACGUCUUUUUAGUUCAUUGGAAUUAUUCACCUGUCAAGAAGCCUGUGAAAUGUUUUCCUUCAAUAAUGAGAAGACCGCAAAGCAAUAGCUUUUCAAUAAAGUUUUAUUGAAAGGUACAAGUA